AUGGCCACCCCCGGCUCUCAUCCACGAGGUCAUGCUCAAAAUCUAGCGACCAAGACUAUAGCGGAGCUCGCCGAACUUCUGAAUGAGGCUCUGCUCUCUUCGGCGGAAAGCCCGACUGGAGCAACCUACAUCUGUCCUCCCGCAUCUCCAGAGGAUAUCGAAGCGCUCAAAAAACGAGUAAUGGGCGAAAAUGGCCACUGCGCCCUGGACACAGACUACCUGACGUUCCUUACAGUCAGUGACGGAUUCAAGCUUCAAGAACCGGAGCAGGAAGACUCAGCAGGUGACCUGGGUGACAUUCUUUACAAUGCGGCUCGAGUUGUGAAGGAGGAACACGUGGACUUUGACCUAUUCGGAGCGAAUCCCCUUCUGCAUGCGCCAUCCAAAGACAUUUGGAAGAAGUUCGACUGGGACAGCGGGGUAGGUGUCGACCUUGGCCCAGCCGGCGACGAAGGGAGUCUAUGGAUGUUUGGUCCGGCGGAGCUGGCGCUUCUUCUUCGGCAGUUCGAUGAUGCCUAUCCUACGCUCACACAGGAUGAGAAGAAACAGGUCGAUCAAUGCGUCUUGGAAACGCAUGGUAGUAUGGAGGCGAUGAGGGAGCUCCGGUUUUCUGUCAUGCAAUUCUAUCAUUGGUCGCCCAAGGUCAAGUUGCAUUCAGGGUUUCGGGCAUACCUUGAAGACCUUGCAAUGAUGGCUUUGGCGGGCGACGAUCCCCAUGACUACUUUCUGUGCUAA